GAAGCUUAAAAUCGAAGAAGAACACAACGAAAUCAAUCCGAGGUAAUAAACUGUUGUAGGAGCCAGGAGGAAGAGGGAUGGGAGAGGUUUGGACAUGGAUUAUUUCGUUUUUAAUCCUUAUCACUCUUGUCGGACUCAUCGUCUAUCAGCUCAUUAGUUUGGCUGAUCUCGAGUUUGAUUAUAUCAACCCUUACGAUUCUGCAUCAAGAAUAAACUUUGUGGUAUUACCAGAAUCCAUUCUUCAAGGAUUUUUAUGCGUGUUCUACCUCUUUACGGGUCAUUGGUUCAUGUCACUCCUUUGUGUUCCUUAUCUUUACUACAAUUUCCAUCUUUACUCGAGAAAACAACAUUUGAUAGACGUCACAGAGAUCUUUAACUUGCUUGAUUGGGAAAAGAAGAAACGACUCUUCAAGCUCGCUUACAUUAUCCUCACUCUCUUUCUCACCAUUUUCUGGUUAAUCUAUUCAACGCUGGAUGAUUACGAGGACUGAACCACGCUUGAAGAUACAUCCCUGUGACAGGCGACAACAAACGGUUUGAUCAAACCCCUCUCUUACUACCUGACACCGCGCUUGAUACAAUGGCAUGAGAAGGAAGGUGUUUGUUUCUGUAUGUUAAUUACUGGUUUUGUGGCAUUAGAGAUUUGUGUUUCUUUGCUUCAAGAUUCAAUGGUUAACUCAAUCAAAGGAGUCUUCAUCUCAUGGUACAUUACCUUUCUUGUUAAUAUACUCUAUCGAAAUCGUAUCUUUUAUCUUAUGUUGAUGCCAAAUCGUUUGGUGUUCUUUUAUUGCAGCGAUGUUCCCAUGGCGCAGUUCAUUGCACAUUUGAAUAAUUCGUUGCCUGCUUC